GGCUCUCCGCGCCCGCCGCCCGCGCCCGGCCCCGGCGCCCCGGCCCUGCUGCCCGCGCUUCAUGGCUGCGCACGAAUGGGACUGGUUCCAGCGCGAGGAGCUCAUCGGACAGAUCAGCGACAUCCGAGUCCAGAACCUUCAAGUUGAGAGGGAGAACGUGCAGAAGCGGACUUUUACUCGAUGGAUAAACCUCCAUCUGGAGAAGUGCAACCCGCCUCUAGAAGUUAAAGAUUUAUUCGUUGAUAUACAAGAUGGCAAAAUCCUAAUGGCUUUGUUAGAAGUCCUGUCUGGGCGAAAUCUGCUGCACGAGUACAAAUCCUCAUCCCAUCGUAUUUUUCGGUUGAACAACAUAGCGAAAGCACUUAAGUUUUUGGAAGAUAGCAAUGUAAAACUGGUUAGCAUCGACGCGGCAGAAAUAGCAGAUGGCAACCCCUCUUUGGUUCUCGGGCUGAUUUGGAACAUAAUCCUCUUCUUCCAGAUUAAAGAACUCACCGGCAACCUCAGCAGAAAUUCUCCAUCUUCCAGCCUGUCACCUGGCUCGGGGGGCACAGACUCAGACUCCUGCUUCCCACCCACGCCCACCGCAGAGAGGAGUGCGGUGAUAUCGGUGAAAGACCAGAGGAAGGCCAUCAGGACACUGCUGACAUGGGUGCAGAGGAAAACAAGGAAGUAUGGCGUGGCGGUGCAGGACUUUGCAGGCAGCUGGAGAAGCGGGCUGGCUUUCCUGGCAGUGAUCAAGGCCAUCGACCCCAGCCUGGUCGACAUGAAGCUGGCGCUAGAAGACUCCAUGCGGGAAAAUCUAGAGAAGGCUUUCAGCAUCGCUCACGACGCCCUUCACAUCCCCAGGCUCCUGGAGCCAGAAGACAUCAUGGUUGACACGCCAGACGAGCAGUCCAUCGUGACUUACGUGGCUCAGUUUCUAGAACAUUUCCCGGAGUUGGAAGCCGAGGAUUUUGCGGAUUCCGACAAAGAAGCCCCUAUUGAAUCCACCUUCGUACGCAUCAGAGAAACCCCUUCUGAACAAGAGAGCACCGUCUUCCUUCUGACUGAGAACGGGGAGCGUGCCUACACCGUCAACCACGAAACGAGCCACCCGCCACCCUCCAAAGUCUUCGUCUGUGACAAGCCUGAGGACGUGAAAGAACCCUGCGUUACCAGCCCGGAGCUGGCAGACAGCUCCUCUGAGUUCAUGCACCAGAUUGUUGACCAGGUUCUCCAAGGGACCCCAGGGAAGAUCAACAGCACCAGCGAGCUGGCUCCAGAAUCUUCCAUCUUAUCAUCCACAAAGGACAACCAGAGGUCCAACUCUCUGCCAAUCAAGAAAACUGUGCACUUUGAAGCUGACACCUACAAGGAUGCCUCCUGCAGUAGAGACCCUUUCUACAGUCCAGACCUUCGCUUCGAAGGAAGCCCAAGAGAGACCAAGGAGUCGUCCAGGCAGGACGGACAGGUCUUGGCAGCUGAGGUUGCUGAAGAAACACUGACACAGGAGGCCCCAGAGAUCCUGGAAGCAGCCUCCAGUGAGGCCCCCAGCGACGUGUCUUUGGUGGAUGGUAAGGUCAGUCAUCCUCCGACUUCCCAGACCUCUCCCUCCUGGAAUGGGGCAUCGGAAAGGGCAGCUAGCCCAGGGGAAGAGGGCCGUUCCCCCUCAUCCCUGGGAGAGGAUACCAUUGUGGCCGAUUCCAUGGAGAUCAAGGUUAAGCUGCUGACUGUAGAAGCUAUGGAUAAGGAAGACUCUUUCGAAGGCAUACCAUUAAAAGCCUCGAAAUUUAACAGCGACCUCGUAGAUUUUCCCUCCACCAGCCAGGCUUUCCACGAGGUUCCUUCGCCUCAUGAGAAAACACCUGCCGAGGAGGAGGUGUCAGAGGAUCGUGCUGAGAAGUUGGGUAAAAGAAGAGGUAAAUCUGCGCACAGGAAGACAGGUUUGGAUGAGCCCCCCGUGAAGCCCAACCAGCAAGAACCUCACAAGGACCCUGGUCCAGAAGACCAAGGCUAUUCUUUGGCCCCUGAGGAGGCACCGGUGGAUAAAAAGCCAGAGGUGUAUGAAAAGGCCAAGCACAAGUCCCCCCGGCGCCGUCGGGACGAGGAGGAAGGGGAAGCCGAGGGCCCACGGGGCCUUGGGGGAGAAUUGCCUUCCAAUCCACCAAGCAGCAGCGUCAGCUUGGAGACCCUCCACAGCCCCAGCGAAGAAAGCCUGGAUUUCAAGCCGUCUCCACCGCUCUCCAGGAUCUCCAUCAUCCCCCAUGACUUUUUCUACUACCCGCAUUAUGAGAUUCCCCUGGCUGCGGUUUUGGAGGCUUAUGCAGAAGGCGUGGAGGAUUUGAAAAACGAAGAAGUGGACCUCGAAGAGCCAGAGGGGUAUCUGCCGGACCUGGGGGCCAGGGAGGAGGAGGCCGAGGAGGCCGAGGCCUCCCAGAGCAGCUGCAGCUUCCGCUGGCUGGGCAAGGACCACCCCCAGGCCAGCAUCGCGGAGGAUGCCAGACCAGCCUCGGAACCCACUCCCCCAUCCCCGCAGGAGGACCACCAGCCAAGGGAGGCCGCAGAGAGUGUCCCCAUGCAGGGCCAUCAGUCCCAGGAACUUCCAAACUCGGAAAACUUAGCAAACCCAUUAGAAGAAAAGGUAAUGGAAGAACCGAUCAGCAGUAAAAAAAAGGAAAAAAGAAAACAUGUGGACCACGUAGAAAGUUCAAUAUUUAUAGCACCCGGAACUAUUCACUCCUCAGAUGACCUGGAAGAAGACACCCGUGACCACAAAGUCCUUUCCAGGACAAGUCACAGUGACUCCAGCAUUUACAUUCGACGACAUGCUAAUAGGUCUUUGGAAUCGGAACAUUUUAACUAUGCUCAGUUGAGGAACGCAGCAGAUCUGGAUGACAGAAGAAACCGAAUGCUAACCAGGUACAAUACUCAGAAGCUCACUGAGCUGAUUUUACAGUUUUAUGGCAUCAGAACAGACAUGAAGAGGGAAUGCAAACAUGCCAGGAUGUCUAUGAAAGCCAACAACUCAGGCGAAGCCAAGCUGCAAGAGAUCCACAGCCCACAGAGCGACUCGCUGAUGCAGUUCGUCCAGCAGCCAGACGUGAUGUACUUUAUCCUCUUCCUCUGGCUCCUGGUUUAUUGCCUGCUGCUCUUCCCCCAGCUGGACAUCAACAGACUCUGAUGCGUGGCUCACUGCCCUGUGGACGCGCCCUGAGUCCUGCUGAGCCAUGGUCUGCGAGCGCCUUCAUGUGAUGCUGGGCCGCGUGAGGAGAGGCGAGAGAGCACCUGGAGCUCCCCUGGAUGCCACGGUACAGAUAGGAUUCUCCUUCCUUCCCUCCUUUCCACCUCCUGCCCCGACAAAACUACCUUAGAGCUCCCGCUCCCCGCCAGCUUCCUGGAGUCAUGCACUUUCUAGGGUUUCUUUGCCACCGUCACUUCGCUGGGGAACAAGCGGUCCGCACUGGUGUCAGCCCGCGAGCAAACCGGCUGCUCCCUCUGUGGAUGGCUGUUUGGAACUUUGUGAGCAGUUCCUCCUGGUCAAGCCCGGCCUCUGUCGGGGGUGGGGCUCCCACCAGGACUGGGGACCAGGGAGUACCCCACUCCGUGCCCCCUGGAAGCCACCCUGGGCACAGGCUGCUUCUCCCUUUCUGGGGUUCAGCGGAGUUUCCCCAGCUCUCUCUUCCCGUCCCCGUGCAGUGCUGGCCUGAUCUUUGUGAGGGUCGAGCUCAUAGAAGGCGGAAGAUUUGGAGACUGCCUGCCUGUGUAGUCGAUCUUCAUAAAUUAUAGGUUAUUUGAUAGCCUUAGGGAUCACGUCAGGGUCUAGUGCCUCAUUUAGGAAAUGAGAAAACUGACGAUCGGGAAGGAGAAAUGACUAGUCACAUUGCUCGUUAGUGCCCUCGGGAGGGACGUCUGGAUGCCAAGUUUCCUACAGAACUCCAGCCUCCAGCCCCUGCAGCUAAGCUGCACUUCCCUCGUCACCAAGGACUCAGAACAUCGCAGAGCUGAUCUCUGAAACACAAGCCAGAGUAAACCAGGAAAGGAUGUAUCUCUGAAUAUCAGAAUUCACGGUGGCUUCUUUGUUAAGAGUUGUUCUCUUUCCGUGGUCGUGUCACUGGAGAGCAGCCCUGUGUGACACACUCUUUCACGCAAGCUCGGUUUUCCUUAACCCUCCAGAAGGCCCACUGCAGUUUGGAGCCGUGGCCUCUCUUUCCUUUUGGCUUGGAGACCUUCCCAGCAAUUUCUGUUCACGUCCUAAAGUCCCCGAGGUGGUCAAUGUGGGAGUUUCAGAUCCACGUGGCUCCUCAGAACCUUCCCAGUGAUACUCUGGCCAGGAAACAAGAGCCCACGAAACCCUCCGGGUGCAGAUGUGUUAUUUCUCUUGCCCUGACAUUGCAUCAUCUCUGCUGACACCGCCUUCGGGGCGAGACUUAGUGUCCUGGGGCUGCAGCUGCUGUCUAGAGUCCCCGCUGAGUAUCAGGCUCUUCCUCCGGCCUGUCCAGCUGCUCUCAGGAUGAAGGCCUUGACCUGGGCUGAGCCGCUGAAGGCUGAGAGCUGGCGUGAGUGAUAACUUGCUUAUUUGCUGGAAAUAGCUGCGGACUUUGCCUUAACGGUUAGCCGGUGUCAGGGAGCCAAGAAAUGAGACAUGGGUUCUCUGCUGGAUGUUGAGUCCCAUAGAUCUUUUCGGCUCUGCCUCUUGUCAGGCGCUUUGUGGAGGAACAAUAGUCAGCGCAGGGAAGUGAGCCCAAUACCCGUGAAGCGUGGAUUCUGCAUGCAUGGCGCCCAGAAUCUUCCAUUCCCAUCUCAUGCACACCCCAUGGCUUCAGGCUCCAGGUGAGCCCUGGCCCUCCUUGCUCUGACGUGUGACAGCACCACAGUGACCUGCAAGCCUUCAAAGUCCUCCACCCCCGUGGGCGCGACCAGCUUGGGAAGGGGCAAAGGCCUGGAGGCUCUCAGAAGCCCCUACUUCCCUAGGGUCAGCAGAGGUCAUCAGAGUUCCAGGGCCCCUCUGACUCUUCCAGAAUUGCCGGACUCCUCAGCGGCAGGAAGACUGACUUAGGUGCUUAUAAUUCGUUCUGAGAACCUUGAUGAAAACCCAGCCCUGGGCUGUAGCACCAACAAGCCAGAAAAAUAUCCUCGUUUAUGGGAAGAAGACAGCCAGUAUUUUACGCUGUUUGACCACGUGGUUUUAAACACACACACCACUCAAUAAUCUACCGCCCUGAUCCCACUGCUAACUUCAAAAUCCCUGACACUUAGAUGUCAAAGCCAACUUUCAUCUAGCAGGAAUCUCUUUAACUGAAACUCCACCCACCUCUUUUUUUUUUAUCACUCCCUUCUCCCUUCUCCGGGAGGUUUUAUGGAAUAGGGGAAGAGGGCAGGUUCAGGAAUCAACCAGAUCUAGGUUCAAGUCCCAGCUCUGUCUCCAGAUAUCUGGAUGACUGGGCAAAUUACCUCUCUGAGCAUCUUCUGUGCAGAAUCGACACUCAGUACAUAUUUGCUGAGUGAAUAAUAGCUUCCUUGUGAGCUUGUUAUAAUGUCGUAAAAUGCUCAGUAGCUCCGUGUCUGCAUGUCCCUCCUCGCCAAGCUUUGACUAGACCUCCUUUCAGUUCGUUCAGUUUACCAUCGCUUCUUCUAGCCUCUCUCCAAUCCGCCUCCAUCUUGCCAGCUGCUCUCUCAAAGCUAGCUCAUGCCUUUUACGAGAGGAAGCCGAAGCCAGCGUGUACCCACGAACUCACUGGACCCUUAACAACAGUCACGGGAGGUGGUUCUUUCAGAGAGGAAGUUAAAACACAAGAAGGAAAGAUAACAAGGUCAUAGAGCUGGCAAGUGGCAGAACCAUGAUCAAAGGACUCUUCCUUCCAAAUGUUGAUUUCCACCCUAGACUUUGCUGCUUAGAAAAUAAGUCACGCCUUAACGCGAUUCUGAUUGUUGGUGACUUUGGCCUUGUUGGCACGUGUGGGUGGAAAUCUCAGAGUUGGGCGGGUUUAGCAGUCGCAUUGCAAACCCUCACCUGGCGUUCUUCCCCUUCCCAAGUUUCUGCGUACUUUGACCCCCCAACCCAUAUCAAUACUGCUUAAAUAUCUCCUUCAUCCUCAUUUGGUAAAAAUGACUAAUACUGUACAUCAACUAUACUUCAAUUAAAAAAUAAAUUUAAAAAAUUUAAAAUGACUGAGGACACCCCAAGUUCAGGUUUUAACCUAAGGUUGCAAAUUGACAACCAAAAUGACUGCGUCUAAAGGGUCUUUAGCAGCAUAACCUCAGUGUCUAACAUCCAAGAUUGAAUGACUUCAAUUAACUGCCCCCAGGUAGUCACUCUUCACUUCUUCUCACACAUGCUUUUCAGAGUAGAAGUGAGGCUUCCUCCUUCAAAAAACAAAUCUCACUGUGCUGGGCAGAGCACAAGUGAAAUAGGGACGAGACCAUGGAUUACUUGGAGGAAGUUAGAACUGGUUGGCCUGUGAGAUAGGAAUCAUUAUUUUUCCUUUGUUUUGAAUUGAAAAGUUGUGAUUUUUGCAUUGUUGCAGAAAGGAAUAGAAAAAUGUCUCUUAAUAGCUUUGUUUUCCAUUUGCAAAAGUUCAGACUUCUUUUAGACCCACCAGAAGUCAGUAACAGCCUAUUCUCUGUAAGACUUUGCUAUGAGGACAACCACCACAUGCCUGUAUUCCUAAAUGUCAUGCAAGGAUUGAAACACUGUUUAAAAGGAAAUUCUGGGGACUUCUCCAGUGGUUAAGACUCCACCUUCCAAUGCAGGGGGUGCGGGUUCGAUCCCUGGUCGGGGAACUAAGAUCCCACAUGCUGCCUAGUAUGGCCAAAAAUUUUAAAAAAGGAAACUCUGAAAGUGUCUGUAACCUAGAGCAUUGACAUUGUUCCAAAGUAGGAUAGCACUGGCCUGGUCAUCAGGACCCCAGGUCCUAGCUCCGGCCCACCUGCUGUGACACCUUGAAUAAUUCAUUUACCUCUCUGGGUGGAAAGGUGGAAGACCUCCUUUUAAAAGUCUUUCCUAGGUUUAAAAAUCCAAAGGUUAGCAAAUUAGUUUUGUUUUCUUUUUAAUCCCAGUAAGUGGCCUGUUUGCUUAGAAUAAAUGCACCUCUGCAUUUGUAAGUGAAUUCCAAAGCUUAGGGCAUGGCUUCCGGCUUUAGUAUCUGAGAAAGGUGCCUUUGGAAAGGGUUUGGUAAAAUAAAAUGUGGGCUGUUGAAGGUGUGGGGUGAAAGUUUGGAGUAGAACGUGGGAGACCUGCUUCCUAGGACUCCCAGAACUAAACUGGUCUCCUUAAAUUAAGUCAGCAUCUGAGGCAAUUUUCUUGGAUUCCUUGAAAUUCACAAGUUCAGCUGCAGGCAUAUAUAGAUGUAAACAGCUGGACCUUUCUAUCCUUCCCAUCUUUUUCCCCCGUCCCCUCGUAGACUCGAAAUAGAUAGGCACAGAAACUCCACUCGAAUCAGAGGCUGCUUGCAUUCUAGCACUGGAUCCCUGAAGCCAAAGACUGGCAUGUUUGUAUAGAAUGUCCCUGGGUUGGGAGUGGGACUGGGCGAAGGGGUGCCAUGAAGCAGAGACCCUGUCUCCUUGAAAUUACACCCUAAGCUAGCUACCUGCAUCACUUGCAUUGGUGUUGGUAACAUCAGCCAAAGACAAAGAGUAACAGAGGAAGGAUGGUUGUUCCCUACCGUACAUGGUCAGGACCAAUUAUUAAACCUGGAAGCAGGAGUUUGUUCAAAGUGUAUUGUAUUGGAUGAUGACAGGUAUUUAUUUUUUCAAGGUCUGUAAUACGUUUAACAGAUUUAAUGCUACAGUUUCUUGUAAUGUCAUGGCAGGACUUAAUUGAUAAUGUUUGAAUAUUUUUACUGAGAGCUCUAAGAGAACUAUUGAAAAAAAAGCAAAAUGUUAUUUUGUAGUACAAGAAAUAUUUUGUCUAUUUAGUACAUACAUACAUAGAUGUAGCUUUGUAAAAAAGGUAUCUUUGUAAAAAAGAUUGUAUGAACAUGCACUCUUAUUUAUUGACUAUUGUAAAUGAAGAUAUAAAUGACUAUUUGCAUAAUUUAUACCUGUGGGAAAUUAACUGGAGUAUUUGUUAUUUGACUGUUUUCUAUUAAGGACUAUUAGGCUUGGUGCUAUGAUGAAUGGUCUUGUAAAAUUACAUGUAACCUUAAGAAAAAUUUUGAGUAUAAAUUUCAUGAAUUGACCAGCUCA